CAUCUAUGAAUAUAUAGCCUAAGGAAACAAUGAUCCUCACCCUGCUCAAUGAAACAAAAGUCACUUCCUAUCUGAAAGUGCCGGGGGAGUGGUAGCAAAUUUGAGAAGUAAAUGUACUUGCUCUCGGUAUCAGUUCUGUUGUCUACAGUGCCUGUCUGUAUGCAGCAUGUCCUUCCUGAGCACUCUUCGACAGUGGGAUCAGGCUGUGGCGUGUGUUGACCAGGGAGAUGUCAAGACUGCCCUGGAUAUAUUUCUAGACAUCGAGGAGAAGAACUCCAAAAUCUCCUUUAACAUUGGCUGCCUUUAUCUGGCUGACAACAAUUUUGAGGCUGCUGAAAAGGCUUUUGACUGCAGCAUUGGCAAGGACGAGCAUUUAGCUGUUGCUUUUUUCCAAAGAGGAAUUACAUUUCUAAAAAAAGAAAAUUUUGAAGAAGCCCUUGCAGACUUCAGCAAUGCUUCCAGAGAGCUAAGAGGAAAUAAUCUGAUUGACUAUAAGCUCCUUGGCCUAAGAUACAAACUCUAUGCUUCUGAGGUUCUACACAACAUGGCCUUGGCCCAGGCCCAGCUAGGGGAAUGGAACAAAGCCCAAGAAAGUCUCCUCUCAGCACUGAACCUGAAGCCCAAGUUCAGACAUGUGGAUCUAGCCCUGGAAGCCAUUCUGAAACAGAAGCUAUUUGAUCUAGUUAAAAUGCAACCAGGACUGAUGUUCAAACCCAAAAAGCACCAUGUGAAUGCUGAACUAGAGCAGAAACAUUACCUUGGAAAGGCCAAGGUUGUGGCCUCAGUUGUUCACAAAGAUGAAUUCUCUGGCUUUGCUCCUCUGCAACCACAGACUGAUGAUGCCCCAACCACUCGAAAAGCACCAGAGGUCCUAAGAGCCCUGAAAGGAGAGCCUCAUACAGUCCUGUACGAGUUCUCCCCCGAGACCAGUGGUGAGCUGGCAGUGUUGCCAGGCAACAUCGUCUUUGUCCUGAACAAGGGAGAUGACAACUGGGCCUCUGUCAUCUUUAAUGAGAGGAGGGGACUUGUUCCAUAUAAUUACCUUGAGCCCUUGGAUAUAACAGGUUCAUCCAAGCAAGGACAGAAUGGAACACUGAGUGGAGGUGAUGAGAUCCCAGCUCCACCAUUCAAAGAGCCCCCAGCCAGACCUAUAAGACAUGCCGCACUGUCUGACAGCCCCAAUAGUGUAUCCAAUGAGGCUGAGCGGUCAGAGGAAUCCCCAGGAUGUAUUGUGAAGGUCCACUUCCUGUACACAGUGGUGAUCACUGCCAUGCCUGGAGACCCCUAUGAGGCCAUGCUGGAGAAAAUCAGAAACAAGUUGAACCUGCCCGCCUCUGCACUCUCUCUCAGCUAUGUGAGAUCUGGUGAACGAGUGACCAUUGGGGAGUCAGACAUGACUACAGUGUGGCACUGCAUGCGGAAAGGCCAUCUGACCCUGUGGUGUGCCCAGUCUGAGGACCCAAAGGAGAACCCACCCAAAAUUCAUCAGGCUUUGGCACUGUAUUCAUAUGAGGCCUCCAGCUCAGAGGAUCUUGAGUUCUGCCAAGGUGACGUCAUCACAGUCCUCUCCAAAGUUAACGCAGAUUGGUUUGAAGGACAGUGUAAAGGAAAGAUCGGCAUCUUCCCUGCAUCUUUUGUACAAAGUCUUCAUAAAGAUUAAUAUUUGUUUCUUUAACAAUAUGUUAAAGUCAUCACUCCUGAAGUCUAUAAGUCAUCCUUUGGGAAUCUUAUGAAGUGAUUUACAGCUAACUCUUCAUAGAAUAGAAUAGAAGACUCUUCCUGUUCAAAUCAUUUUCAUCUACCUGGUUACAAUCAUGUUGGUCUAUCAUUUUAGUAUUUAAAAGCACUUUUGGAUCUUCAGUUUUGAUGCGCUUAUUUAUUGUUGUAACAAAGUUUUUUGUCCCACAAUGCAGGGACCACAGUAAAUUAACAUGAUAUUUAUGA